CGUCGAGAGGUGAAGGGAGGAGGACGUCUCUGCCGUUCUCUGGUCCAGCGACUGAGGGGGUACUCGCCGCGCCCUCCCCAAACCUCACGCCCUCAAACCCUCACCGUAACACCCACUAUGCCCACGCUCACGCCCCCGAAACACGCCCAAACAUCAGUCCGGACGUCGAAGUGAAGUCCUCGGGGCACGCAAACAAUUCCUAAACUUUGGAUCGAAAGAAAAAAAGAGUAUUUAGCGUGUUUUGGUGUCACGCUCGGAGUGAGAACUGAGGCACUGGAGCAGAAGUGUGUCUAGCAAUCCCUGAGCGGCCUGACGGAGGGAAGACAAAGGGGCGCCAUCAGGAACAGUGGUUAAUAGAGGGACUGGAGUGGACAGCGCGGUGGCGGUCGACAGAUAGCUCGUGUGAUAAAUACAGUGAGGGACCUGUCAGUGGCUGGUGUCUCCUCCUACUUCUCCUUCUACUCCUUCCCCUUUCCCUCCUCCUCAUCCAUCGCUACCGACACACAGCCUCUCCUCCCUCCCCAUCCAUCGUGACUUCCUGCGUGUCCUAGUACCUCUCUCUCCUCGCCUUCCUCCUGAUGUGUCCCUCCAACUAGAAAUUGACGAGUUAAGACAGCGUGACGAAUAGCUACAGAUGAAAACUGGAAAGCAAAUCGACCAGACAAAUGGAAAGCCGCUCUCCCACAAGGCGUCUUGACUUGGAUUAGAGAGAGGACGCGAGGGAAAAAAGACUCACACAAGAAGAGACUAAAGGCUGAGAGAGAAAGAUGGAGAGAGAGUGAGAGGAUAGCAGGAGAGAAUAGUGAUAUCUUUAAUUUCUUUUUUCACCUUUCCCUUGGUCGUGGUGGAAUAGACGGUAGGCGGUAGAGAGGUGGAGGAGGACAGGUGAUAAGGUUGUGGUAGUGGUGCAGUAGUGGUGGUGACGGUACGUGGAAGUGAUGCUGCCAAGGCUGUGACGCUGCUGUGGUGCCGUGCCUACCGUAACGACCUGCUACCACGGUGAAAAGUGUCACAGUUACGGUACGGGAUUACUGUACGCACACACACACACACACACACACACACACACACACACACACAUACACACACACACACGCACAUUAAAGAAAAAUAACACAUCCGAACAUCCUCUUUAACUUGAGAAACAUAUUGUGAGGGGGAGAGAAAGGCAGCGAGGGAGAUAAAGAAAGAGAGAAACCAAUCGAAGCAGGAAGAGAAAAGAAACGAGAAACUGGAAGCAAAUACAUACAAAUACGAACAAUUAAAACAAGAACUAUACGAAGAGGAGGACGCGACAGGAGCGGGGGAGGAAGGUGAAGAGGAAAAAUAUACAUAGAUCUUUAUUUCCUGGGGACUUCACUGAUCACCCUCACAUGGGACCUCCUCGCCUCCGCCACUGAUGGAGUUACAAGUCCCAUCGCUGUUUCUUUGCCUCUUCAGCCACGUCCUCCUCGGGGGAACAUCUUUCUCAUGAGACAAGGGUGCUGCGAUGUGUGAUGGUGAGGGGCGGCGGCGGGAGUGUGGCGGCGGUGGUGGUGGUGGUGGCGGCGGCCUGGUUGUCGCUCCUCACAGCAGGGGCGGUGGUGGUGGUGGCGGGGGCGGCCCACAGCCCUUGCCCCGUCAGCGAGUUCACCUGCGAGAACCUCCGCUGCGUGCCCAAGGACAGAGUGUGCAACGGCAAGGACGACUGUGGCGACAAGUCCGACGAGAAGCCAAACUGUACACCCUGUAAUGUGACGUACUACGGAGAGGUCGGCCGGAGCUACGAGAUCGACCUGCAAGAGUCGCCCACGCUGCGGCCGCCCUUCACCUGCCACAUGACCUUCGUGGCCGCCGGUGACAUUUUCGGUGACUUGGUGCAGCUGAACUUCCGGGACCUGCAGCUUGGCGCCUUUCGCUCCCACCACGUGUGCGGCUGUCCCAAGGGUCACAUGACCGUUAACGAGGCGCACCGACCACACGUGGGCGGCUUCUGGUGUGGCGCUAGCGGUGAACACAAUGUGUAUUACAGUGAGACCAGCACCGUCACCGUCACCAUUAAGGUCCCCGCGCCAGAGGCAGACACGGUUGGGGAGAAAAAAGUGCGUCUUCGCCUACUGUACAAGUUCCUGCUCGGCGCGGAGUCCAUCGUGCGCUACGGUCCCUGGAACAGCGCCAAGUACCUGGGAGUGUCGCGGCCCGGCACCGUGUGCGAUAAGAUAUUUGAUUCAUGUGACCGUCGCAAGUGCCGAGUACAGUCCCCGAACUACCCCGGCCUGUACCCGCGCAACGUGACGUGCCAGUACGUGAUCCGCCAGGCCACGGUGCCGCACGGCCGCCAUGCACUGGUCAGCGUGGACCAGCCGCAGCGUGGACGCGUUCACAUCAAACACACAGACGCCGCCUGUGACGGAAAUCUCCACCUGUGGCUAGACGGAGACUGCGACGUGGUGGGCGACACUCUCAGCGUGUAUGAGAUCCAGGGCGAGAGUCGGCGGCUGCUGAUGCGUUUCUGUGGCGGAGGGCGGGUGCCGCGCAUCACAGCCAGCGGUCCCGAGCUGAUGCUUGUCUUCCAGACUUCACCUUUUGACAAUUUGUACUUCGACUCCUCGGAAGGGACUCACCCUGGGUUUGAGCUGGACGUGGGCGUGGCCUUUGUGCCCAAAAACUCCUUCUUGUACGCUGACCAGAAGUGUGAGUUCAUCAUCUCCAGCUUCGAGGCGUCCCGCGGCCACUUUGAGAACGUGGCUCACUCUCUGCCUCGUGACAGUAAAUGCGAAUACAAGUUCCGAGGCAAGCCUGACGAGGUGAUUUGGCUGUACUUCACCCGCCUCAAGUCUACCUACACGCAGCCUCCUUCCAGGGACAAACCGCACUGCCGCACUGAAGUAAAGUUAGUGGAGGGCGCAGAUGGCGACGGCGAGGUGCUAGAGAACACAUGCGGUCUGCUGGGCGUGCGUGUUUGCCACCGAGAACAGCUGGGACCAGGCCGAAAUAGGACGAGGCCAUGUGGAGGUCAGGAGAGCUACCUCACCUCUGCCUCCCACGCCACACUCACCAUCCAUUACCACUUGCCAUCCACAGUGGCUGGACUUGAAUUCAGGCUCCACUACGAGUUCGUGUACGCAGGACCCCGCGCGGCUGCCCUCAACAGGCCGGAGCCUUGUGAUCGACACAUAAGCAGUGAUCGAAGCAAGAAAGGUCUGCUGGCGUCACCCGCCAACAACUUGCUCUACGGGAAGUUUGGCGCCACCAAGCUACGCUGCCAAUACACACUGCAGGGGCGCCCUAACGAGGCCGUCAGGAUCACCUUCAUAUACUUUUACGCGCAUAAUUCAUCAUGCCCAGGGAGGGAAACACCUCUACAAGCCUGCGGCAGACCCAACGCUCUGGAAGGCCGUGGGGCGCGCCUCGAGGUGUCUGAGUGGCCGUGGCCAGGUGUGGAGCUGCCACAGGCGUGCAUCUGCCACGGGAACUAUUUGCCGGCCACUCUGCUCUCCUACUCCGCCUCCCUCACUAUCACCUUCACCGUAGUCGGCAUGGACGUGUUCGAUGACUUCUCUCACUUCAGCUUUGAGCUGGAAUAUGAGUUCGUGGAGAUCGAAGCGUGCGAAGAAGAACGGGUGGUGGCGGGGGAGGCGGGUACCCUAAGCCUGGCGCUGCGCCCACCCCCGGGACCAUGUCGCGGCCACCCGUGGCUCCUCCAGCCCACUCCAAGUCGAUUCCUUUUGGUGUCUGUUCCUGGGAAGGCCAUCAGAGGAGGCCUGCAAGGGGCGGCACAUGGUCACCUCGUGGCCGCGGACGACACUGUGGGACCCUCAGACUGCCAGAGCUCAGAGCUGCACGUUUACCAGCCGGGCAACCCACGUCCACUAAGCGCCGUGUGCGUGUCGCCUGGAGCUGCCGAGACAGUGCACGUGUUUUCGGAAGGUUUCAAUGAGCCACUCUCGCUGGACUACCUGAGUGAGGCGGCUCGCUCCCUGGUGGUGGUGCUGCUGAGCCGCCCAGCCUACCUCUCAGGCCCCGCAUCCCCACAGCAGCACAGCGCGGUGGACGUGCGCUGGGUGGAGGUUGCCCCGCGCUGGCUGGCCACUCGCUGUGCAACUGAAUGUCCCGCUGUGCACGCAUGCAUAAGUGCAUCGCUCUUCUGCGACGGUACAUGGCACUGUCCCUCUGGAGCCGAUGAGGCCGUGGUAACUUGCCUUAUGGCACUCUCGCCGUGGCUGUGGCUAACGUUCGGCCUGGCUGUCGGCUGCAUCUCAGUGCUGUCUGGCUGGUGGGGCUGGUCACUGUGGAAAGCCCGUCAGGAGCGCAACUCCAGCACCGCUUGUAGCGCGGAGGUGCUCACGCCAGGACACCACGAGUCACCCCCCGAGCCCCCAGACUACCCAGACUGCAUCGACGUAGACUUUGAAACAACCGUCUGACAAUACGCCCCCCGGGGUGAAGACA